AUGAAGCCUCUUUCUCCGCUGCUGCCUGUGUUACUUGUUACGUGCGCUGCAGUCGCACACGCUUGGAACUCUACUGAUCCGUUGGACGCAUGUCCGGGAUAUAAUGCUACGAAUGUGCAAACUCAAGGACCGACACUCACUGCGGAUCUGGUUUUGGCGGGACCGCCAUGUAAUGUGUACGGCUCAGACAUUGAGAAACUCCAACUGCAGGUGACGUACGAGACCGAGACACGCAUUCACGUCAGGAUCACUGAUCCGUCCAACCCGCGUUAUGAAGUCCCAGAAUCGGUACUCCCUCGUCCUCAAGCGAACACGUCCACCUCUCCCGAAGCAGCCGCAAUAGCGUUCAACUACACAGUUUCGCCCUUCCAUUUCUCCGUAUACCGCACAAGCACGCAAGAAGUCCUCUUCUCAACCGCUUCACACCCAAUCAUCUAUGAGCCUCAAUACCUCCGCGUGAAGACAGCCUUACCGGCGGACGCGAACAUCUACGGUCUAGGUGAACACACCGAAGACUUCCGUCUCCCGACGGUCGACCUAACGCGCACGCUGUGGUCGCGCGACGCAUACGGCGUGCCCAACGGAACGAAUCUGUACGGGAACCACCCGGUUUACUUUGAGCACCGCCUAACGGGCACCCACGGCGUCUUCCUCGUCAACUCGAACGGCAUGGAUAUCAAGAUCAAUACCACAGAAGACGCGGGGACGACGCUGGAGUAUGACGUCAUCGGCGGGAUCCUCGACUUUUACUUCCUUGCGGGCAGCGAGACCGAUCCGACUGAGGUUGUGAGGCAGUAUGCGGAAGUCGUCGGCACGCCUGCUGAGGUACCGUAUUGGUCUUUCGGUCUGCACCAAUGUCGGUACGGUUAUACGGACUUCGUGGACGUGGCUGGGGUCAUCUCGAACUACUCUGCUGCCAACAUACCUCUUGAGACUAUGUGGACCGACAUCGACUAUAUGUACGAACGUCGGGUCUUCACGCUAGACCCGGAUUACUUCCCGCUACCGCGGAUGCAGCAAAUCAUCAACUAUCUCCACGAUCAUGACCAGCAUUACGUUAUGAUGACUGACCCGGCUGUUGCAUAUCUCCCUGGGGAAGGAUACGAUGCGUACGAUCGUGGAACAGAGGCCAACGUCUGGCUUAAGGCUGCGAAUGGCAGCGAGUUCUUGGGAGUCGUAUGGCCUGGUGUUACUGUCUUCCCCGAUUGGUUCAACCCCGCUGCACAAGACUUCUGGUCAUAUGAAUUUAGCACCUUCUACAAUGCUACGACUGGCCUCGACAUCGACGGCGCCUGGAUCGACAUGAACGAGCCGUCUAGUUUCUGCGUUUACCCGUGUGACGACCCCUUUGCUCAAGCUGAGGCUCAGGGCCUUCCUCCUGCACGGACGACAGUGCCCCCGGACCCAAACACUCCGAUCUUCGGCAAUGAAACCUAUCCGAUACGGAAGAGGGCCGACACAAGUGGGUACAACGUCCUCAACCCGCCCUACGCCAUCGAUAACGCUGCGGGGGUGCUAUCAAACCGGACAUCAUACACAAACGCGGUGCAUUCCAAUGGCCUCAUAGAGUACGACACUCAUAACCUGUUCGGCACCAUGAUGUCCAACGUCACCCACUACGCCAUGCUCUCUCGCCGCCCGGGGUUGCGCACUCUUGUAGUUACGCGGUCGACGUUCGCGGGCGCGGGUAGCCGAGUUCAGAAAUGGCUUGGAGACAACCUCAGCGAUUGGCCGUACUAUCGCAACUCGAUCGCAGGGAUCUUGAACAUGGCCGGCAUAUUCCAUGUUCCUAUGGCCGGUGCCGACAUUUGCGGCUACGGUGAUAACACGACUGAGCCGCUGUGCGCAAGAUGGGCUAUGCUCGGCGCCUUCUACCCGUUCAUGCGCAACCAUAAUACCAUUGGGACCAUCGGUCAAGAGUUCUAUCGUUGGCCCGUCGUUGCGCAGGCAGCAAGGAACGCAUUGGAUAUGAGAUACCGACUCGUGGACUACUUCUACACCGCCUUCCACACCGCCCACCUCGAUGGCUCGCCCGUCCUCAAUGCCCUGUGGUACAUCUACCCGGAGGAUCCCGCGACGUUCCCGAUUGACCUCCAAUUCUUCUUCGGCGGCUCUAUCCUCGUCUCUCCUGUCACGGAGGAGAAUGCCACGUCCGUAGAGGCCUACUUCCCGAACGACACCUUCUACGACUUCCUCACUGGUGUGCCGGUGCAUGGCAACGGCAGCUGGACUGUGCUUUCGGACGUGAACCUCACGUCCAUCCCUGUCCACAUCCGUGGCGGCGCGGUGCUCCCGCUCCGCGCACAGGGUGCGAUGACUACGGCUGCGCUGAGGGAACAAGAUUUCCAGCUCGUAGUUGCGCCGGGGACGGACGGCAAUGCCUCCGGCUCGUUAUAUAUGGAUGAUGGCGUCUCGGUAAACCCCCUGAACGCGACGGAGGUGUAUAUGACCUAUACGAAUGGUACGCUCGCUGUCACCGGAACCUUUGGGUACCCCACGGGCGUUGACGUCGCGAGCGUUCGCUUUUUGGGGACCUCGCGAGCCCCGAGUGCUGUGAACUUCGAUGGGAAAGCUGUGAAUGCGUCGGACGUCGUGUAUAAUGCGAGCAGCCAGGUCUUGGACGUUACUGUCGGCACUCCGUUCGAUCAGAACUUCACUCUGCAGAUAGUUUGA